CCCUCCCUUGCCACCUUCCCCCACUACCAGCGCCGCUGCUAUUUUCCGUGGCUCACCUGCUUCACUUUCCUGACCUCGUGUCAUGUUCUCCUCCCCUUUCUUGGAUUCUUUCUUGUUGCCGGCCGCCAUUGCCACUCCUGAAUCUGCUGCUGCUGCUUCUUGCCACCGGCGGCGACGGCGCCCGUGGCGACUACGGUCCCUCUGUAUCGUGCUGCCGACUGUCGGAUCUCGAUCUGGCUCCGAUCGCCGCCUGAUUGAAGGUUCGUGCUGGCAAGUGUGAGAGAGGGCCAUGGCUGCUGAGGCAAAUCAUGACACACUAUGCAUCAAGAGAAUUUUGAGAUUUUCUAUCAGGAUCAGCUAUAGAUGUGCCUCUGAACACUGGGCUCUCUUCAGUCUAUCCCUACUGCUUUACCUGCUGUACAGAUCUUCACCGGGUUUCUUUGCUUUCGUUCUAUCCUCAUCCCCUGUAAUUAUAUGCGCCACCCUUCUUCUUGGAAUACUGCUGAGUUAUGGGAGCACACAUCUUCCUGAGACCGAUGACGAUCGGAAGCCUGUCACAGGUUUUUCAGCUCCCAACUCUGGAUAUUGUUCAAGAGACAUUCAUUUUGAAGCAGGUCGGGGAUUUUCAGUGCCUGCAUUUAAGGAGAACACGGUUAGUUUCAGUUGUUGGGAAAUCGGAAACCCAAGUUUUGGCAAGGAUGACAAGCUUGUUGAGCUGGAUGAAGUUGUUCCUCUUCUGAAGGGAUCAGUUGAUCGAGGAUAUGAGAGAGUCGAUGCAGAUGAUAGUCUUGCUCAAGUACUCGCCUUUAAUCCUUCCGUGGUGACACUGCAGCAAGAGGUUGGUAUGGAGGAAUUCAUGAAAGCUAAUCAUGACAGAGAGUCCAAAGAUCCAUUUUUUAGCAAUGAUAGGAGUACCGGGUGUGCUAACUCGCUUGAGGAUGUUGAUCAGGGUCGAGUUGAUGAGAAGGACGCAACAUUUGGCUUAUGCUCUUCCAGUGAGAAUGAAAGGGAAAAUGGUGUAAUGUUGGCAAAGGAAAAUCAAGAUAAAGUGUUAACAGAUUCACAAUGUGACAGCGUGAGAGAGGCUUCAGAAGAUAAACCAGCUGAAAAGCCGGCAGGUGCUUGUAAGUGGGGCCGUGCUUUUUCUGUGCGUCAGAGAAAGAAGCUUGAUGGUCUAGUGAUCGAGGCUAUCAAUAUUGAUGUUGGCAGCCAGUUAAACACUUCUCCAGGUUCACCAUGUGCAAGAGUUGGCAGUCAUGAUGGUUCAUCAGGUUUUGAUUCUGGUAAGCCAGAGAGUUCCUCUUCUGACAUCACUGCGACUGAUGUUGCUCCGGUGCUAGAUGAGAUUGGUCCUCUUUUAGGCGACGAAUUAUCUAGUCCCAUUCCCACUGCCAAUGGUGAUUCAGGAUGUGACUCCAGCCUCUUCCCUCAGGAUUCUCAGAUUGACAGAGAUAAUAAUAACAAUGUGGAUACUAGCAAAGCUGAAAAUGAUGCUAACGAUGGACAGGAGAAGAAGGAUGAUGGUGGGAAUAAGACUGGUUUUGCUUGGACAGCUGAUGAAGACAACAAUGCCAUGGAUCUUGGGUACUCUGAGGUGGAAAGGAGUCGUAGGUUGGAGUUCUUGAUGGCUAAGAGAAGAUCAAGGAAGAACAUAAUGUUUGAUCUCGACAGUAAAAUGAUAGAUAUCAAUGGAAAUGAUGUUUGUCAUGGUGCAGAUAGAUUUUCACGUUUUCGUAUGCAAGUUCAGCCUAUUUCAGUACCAAGGAGGAGCCCUUUUGACCUUGCAUCUGAUCCUGAUGAGGCAGCCAUUCCUGGCUCGGCUCCUUCUGUUAUGCAUCGUGGAACAAACCUGUUUGAACUCCCUUCUGAACAAUCAAAUGAUAGCGGUGUAUCUGCACGUCAUAACUUGGACUCUCAAGGCGUUGUGACAAGUUCCCACCAAGACAUGGUCUUCAGGAGGCGUGAUACCUUCAACUUUGGCAGCCAAGAUAGACAACGUUCUAGAUUUAAGCCAUGUUCCGUGCUCAAGGAAAUGGACAUCGAGGAAGAGAGCACAAACAGUUUCCAGAGGCAGUUCAGUAACAACAGCAUCUCAAAACUGAGCGUUGUUUCUGAGUCUGACACCCUUUCUACAGUUGCCGAUCAAGAGGAACUCAAUGACCUCGUCAAAAAGGAUUUCCAAAGGUGGUUCAGUGACAAGAGUAUGUCGAAACUGAGCAUUGUUUCUGAGUCUGAUACCCUUUGUUUAUUCGCCGGUCAAGAAGAACAUGAUGAAGUCGUCAUAAAGGAUAUCCAGAGGUGGUUCAGUGACAAGAGCAUGUCAAAACUGAGCACCGCUUCUGAGUCUGAUACCCAUUCUUUGCUCGCUGACCAGGUGGAACACAAUGGCCAAAUCAAUAAGGAAUUCCUUUGGUAUUUCCAGAGGCAGUUCAGCGACAAGAGUGUGUCGAAAGUUAGCGUUGCAUCCGAAUCUGGCACACUUUCUCUGGUCGCUGAUCAAGCGGAACACAGUGACUUCAAUAAGGACUUCCUUUGGUAUUUCCAGAGGCAGUUCAGUGACAAGAGCGUGUCUAAACAGAGCGUAGCUGCUGAAUCUGAUAUUCUUUCUUCUGUCGCCGAUUCUAAUCAAGAGGAUCACGAUGACCCAACCCCAAAGGAUUUCCUUUGUGGACAUGCAUCGCCAGAGCUGCUAAGACAGGAGAGUGAUCUUGAUACGUUGGAAGAACGCCCAGAUGUGAUCAAUCUUGUCGAUGUUGAAACUCUCAGUGCUGUCACCAGUGGAGUGGAGUCUGAGCAAUUGGAGGAUACUGCAGCAUCCGAGCUGAUCAAGUGAUACCAAAACACAAAGUUUUCCCCUGUACAUUUUGUGAAUGUAAGAACAUCGUACACUAUUCUAGCUACCAUUCUUUGAACAUAGGCUUUGCGAAGUUUCAGAAGUGAAAAGAAAAGGAACAUAAGCUUUGUGUGUGUACUACAAGUCUUCCAUCCUACAUAAUGUUGAUCGCAUAUUUCGAAACUUCAA